UCCGAGUGCAGCAGGUUUGGUUUUACAGCAUCUGGGGAACAAUAGGUUUCUAGGAUAUAUAAGCUUGUAUAAACAGAGAGGGCACGCAGCUCGCUAAGGCUUUACUCACUCAGUGCUUGAUUUGGACGAGGAGACGGUAAGAUGGAAGACAUUAAAGCAGAACAAAAGAAAGAGGAGGAAUCUGGGAGUAGUUUAUUUCACCUACUUAUGACAAAGAAGACUGAUCUAGAAAAGGAAGAGAGGAUCGUGCUACAGCGGCUGAUAGUGAUUGCUCGGCUCCCCCACGACCUCGCUGACAGGACAGAACUUGGAGCUCAUUACGAGAGACUCAACUUUCAGCUCAGCAAACGGUAUUCAUGGGAUCUGAUGACGGGCCGGCUGUACAUUUACCCAUCCUGCCUGCUGCAUAUCAUCGAAUCAUCCAGAGAGGUUCUGCUCUCUGUUCUGACGGACCUGAAAGACAUGCAACACCAGACACACGGUGCCUUGCUGGAAGCUCCCAGGGUUGUGUUCAUGGCCCAUCAUCCUCAGAGCAGGCUGUUCCAACAGUGGAGCUACAAGGUGCUCGAAGCAGACCAGGUGGCAGGAGACCCUGGAGCGAAGGCUCUUGAGGAUGAGGAGGAGACCACAGAAACGUUGGUGUGCACCGUUCUGUCAGGGCUGCAGAAACUGGACAAAUCUAAAAAGGCUGUUCCUGGGUCAGUGUGGGAUGAGACCCCGGAGCUGAUCGCUUCUCAGAGGGUUCUCUACAAUCUGCUGGCUCGAGAGGAGCUCUUGACGCCUCAGCAACACCUUCAGAUGUACAACUCACCGCUAGACAUCCACAUGGACUUUGGACAAGUGAUCCGCAGCAGCCGCCUCACCACGGUUUAAUGUUGUGGACAAAAGGUCAAAGAAUGUUUGGCCUUCACUGAACUGCCUUGGAUGGGACUGAAGGCUUACUGGAGGAGAGAAAUCCCCGUGACAGUUUGAUACCAACAUGUAAUAUACUGCAGCUUUGUAUGUGAAAUAACAGUGACACCACAUUUGCAACAAAGGCACAGAAACUCCAGGUAAUAUAAAAACAUUUUUUUUAAUAGUUUCAACAUUCGGAUGAGGUUAAUUUUAAUUCUAUCUUACUGUACACUGUGUUCCACUUGGUGACCGGGAGAUAGCUCGUCCAAGAAAAAGGCAUUUCCUUACUCCAAAACUUUAAAGAGUCCACUACAGUUUCACACAAAUCACUUUGAAGUCUCAAAAGAUUCCUUGAUCACUCAUGUGUUCCCUUUUUAUUUUGGCCCCCAUUAAUUGGAACAUAAGGAAAAACAAGGAAAGAUUGGAGAAGGAUGUUUGCAAUGGCUGCAUGCACCACAGUGUCAUCUACAAUAGUUUGGGUUCAAACAAAUGCAGCAUGGUUUUUUCUUGCUUGCUAUAUGAUUUUCUUGAACUUUUCUAGAGAUUGUAGUCCUUUUGAAAGUGUAGUUUUCUGGGCACAAACAUAACGACAGCUUGAUUUCCUGACAGUGAUCUCUGUUCUGAGCCAGAUGUGCUUUUCUUAUUUGCUAUAGACACUGUAUAAACACAGAAGAUACAUGGGGGAAACAGUAAAUCAUGAUGGUUUCAAAACAAACUGGUGGAAAGUUGACUAAAAAAGGUCAGAGGGCACCACUAAAUUCUUCUUUUAUAAAGGUUGAUCUAUUCACUUAUAAAAAAUAAAUACAAGCACAUUUAUAUAGGACCAAAGAUGAGACACAUUUCAUAGGCAUGGUUUAAAAAAGCAUGCUGCCGAGUUUCACACAUCGAAUCAAACGCCCCCCACACCUCCCGACCCAAAACUGACACUUUUGAUCAAUUACCCCACCACCCUCUUUUACUUGAGAAUAUGUCCACAACACAAACAGUCUGCCUUCAUCACGACCCAUGAGGUGAACAUCGUCUAUCACCAAUACAUUCCACCUAUUCAUGUAAAAAAAGGCCUUUCGUCUUUUUAGUGCUCAAAGGGCAUGCUUGCAAAAGCUGUAAUACUGGAAACUGUCUCCCGGCUGUCUCUUGCUCGACAGGGUUAUUGUUAAUAAAGUUGUGUUUGAUGAAUACUGUAUGUACAAGCCUUAAUCUGAAACCCUUUAGUACAAAACGAAGAGCAGCACACUGUAACACAGAAAUCCAGACAAAGACAGGACACACCAUUCACUUCAGCACAGCCAAAAUGCAACAAUUACUUUCUAAAGAAAAGAAAAAGAAACCCCUAUUUCUAAACACUGGCAUAGAUGCUGUGUUGAUUUAAGGGUCGGAUUGAAUCAUUGGUGUGAAUUGUAGCACAGCUGAAACAUUAGGUCGAUUUUUUUGAUUGACAGAAAGUGUUAUCUUGAUAACAGGUUAGAGCAGAAAUGCCAGACAUUUUAUCGGGAAAAAAAAAGUGUUAUUCACAGCCCUUAAAUAUCCUGUUGUUUCUGUGCCUGGGAAACUUUUUUUGCAGGUUCUGAUUUGUUCUUUUUUUAUCUUUCACAUAUCUAUCUAAGGUAACUGUAAAGAUCUUAGUUUUUGUUUCGCUGUCAAACUAAAAGACAGCGGUGCAACGGUUUCAUGCAGAGUCUCUUUUAACCUCUCAAACCCCCCUGCGUUACAGCUGCAGGUUGUUCGGACAAGCUUUGUGCAAGCCCACAGAAAGGUAUUUGACAUUUUAAACAAGAUCCGCACAUUUAGACAAAUAUCAAAUAUGCUGGAUUCUCUGUUGGAACAUCUUGAAUUCUCCAUUUGAAGAAAUGUAGCAUCAUGUAGCUGCGAAGAUGUGUUAGAACAAGCUAAUACAGAAAGGCAAUAUUAUUCAACUGCAAAGCUAAAAUGAGGGUUCAAGAGGUUAAUUCUUAUCUGCAACACAAGCACGAUCAGCAGGUUAUAUUAAGUAAAUCUAAAUCUAGAUUAACCUUGAGCCUAACGUUUUUUUUGUGUGUGAAUGUGGCGAUAUUGUGCUAGAACCAGCGACAUAUUUUUCAAUGCAGUAUUUUCAUAUAUCUAUAUAUAUAUAUUUGAUUUCUCCCCUGCCACUAUAUCCAGAACUGGUAUGUACAGCGGCUCACUAUUUACAAAAGUCCUGUAAGUGAUAUUUGAAAGAUAGAGGGCGGAGCAGCACAGUGACUUUGAGGCCAUGUGUAGUGGAUGUUUUCAGGACAUUAUGGAGAGUCAAAUCUGGAUGGGUCAAAGUGAAACCCCCCACAAGGCAAAUGGCAAACUGCUGCUGUCGAAUGCAAACCUUGUUACUCCAGUUUUAUUGAUUUUCAAGUUUUCUGCUUCCUGAAAAGGUUUCGAUGCGACAGCAGGGAAAUUCUGGUCCCAUGUUUAGUUUUUUUGAGAUGAGAUUCAUGUGUAGUGGAAACAAUCACAACUCUUCAGACCUAGUAAAAAGUAUUCAGAAAUAUAUCUGUAUAAAUACUCUCAUUAAAAUAAACACAUACAUAUCUUUGCACUUGCCUCUGGUUCACUUAUAUCGACCGAAAAUACCAGCAUCAUCAGACAGGGGUCUGGGGGGGGGGGGCUGCCAGAGAGAAAGGUGUGCUUGUUUUUGCCUCUGAGGCUGCAGGCGACAAAAAUAGCACCUUUAUUUCAGGGAGUGUGACUGUUUUCAGUUGAGAUACGAUAGGACGUUAUUACACCUCAGGGCAGGAGGAUGAGAUCUCAUCCCGCUCAGCUGAACAACACCUCGCUGGGAGGACUCUGCAGAGGUUUGGCGUCACAGAGGGAGCCUGAAGUGUGCCGUCGGAGUGUCACGUGAAUGGUGAUGCUGCUCUGUGACGCUGGAUGAGUUAACAGGAGUUGGCUCACAAGUUUACCUUAUCAACUUUCAACUUUGAUAUGUCAGUGUUGAGUUUACAGUCUUUGUCACUUGUCUGUUGAAUGCCUGAUCUUUAUUUUGAAUACAAUAUUUUCUAAAAAGAC